AUGAUGGUGGUCCAACUAUGGGAGACGCUCAAGGAAACCAUUACAGCUUAUACUGGAUUUUGUCUGGCUGCGCUUUUCACCGUCUUAGCUCUUGCUAUCGCCGGCUAUCAUGUCGUCCCGAGGAACACCACCCGCGUUCUGCGUAAUCAGAGCCUCUUCCGCCGCCGGUUCAUCUCGGAAAAAUCAUGGAGGAGGAACUUAAGCAGUAUGACGGCUCUGAUUCCAAAAAGCCGCUUCUCAUGGCGAUCAAAGGCCUGA